AUGAUGGCACAGUUGAUAACUGUGCGGUUGAACAAAUCCGACUCACAGCCUCUGGGCUUCCGUCUGCAGGGCGGCAAAGACUUCGGCACACCACUAGUCGUCCAGAAGGUAAACGGUGGCAGUGCAGCCGAGCGUGCUGGUCUCCAAGCGGGAGAUGCGCUAAUCCGCGUAAACAACACGGACGUGUACCUGCUGCGCCACCAGGAGGCCCAGGAUACCAUACGCGCAGCUGGCGGCAACCUUGAACUCACCGUACAACGUGGUGGUGGCACUUGGCGUCCAACUGUGACACCGACCGGCAGCCUACCGAGACCCGGCUCCAGAUCUAUUGGUGGAACUCCAACACUCGUCACCAACACUUCCCUGAAAGCCACACCACAACCUUCACGUGCAUUCGGCUCUGGACACAACAAUGUCGCUAAGCCUUUUGGUUACAUGAACGGCAACGACUCGGUCAAGAGCAUAGUCAACAAGCAGUACAAUACACCAGUAAACAUGUACAGCGACAAAACGAUUGCAGAAACUCUCUCAGCCCAAACUGAAGUUCUUGCAGGAGGCGUCCUUGGAGUAAACUUUAAGAAGAACGAGAAGACAUACGACGCUGAAAAAAGCGCUGUUUUCAAGGUUCUGCAAGAAGAACAAAACGACCCCGAGCCAGCCGAACCAGUGGGUCCGACAGCCGCCCAGGCUGCUCCAGUGACUGGUCUUCGUCACGUGCAAGCGCCCGUCACGCGGCCUGAUGCCCCCAUCAACAAUACUGGAGGCUUGCCCCCCGGACAGAACAUUUGCGAGGAGUGCGAAAGGCUCAUCACCCUGCACCGCACGCACCGCUCGCGGUCGCGCACGCCGCGCGUGGUGAGCACCCCGCAGCCGACACAGCCCACGCCGCCGGUGGCGCGCGCCUGCGCCGGCACGCAGACGCCGCAGGAGAAGCUGGCGCCCGAGCCGCCGCACCGGCCCAGCAUCCCCAUGGGCUGCCAUGAGGUGCUGCCGGACGGCCGCAUAGCGCUGGGGGCGCCCGCACUGCCACAGCCGCGCGAUGCGCUUCCUGUCGUCAACGACACGCCCUAUUGCUCCGACUGUAAUCGCUACAUUAUAGGUGUGUUCGUGCGCAUCAAGGACAAGAACUUGCACGUGGAAUGCUUCAAGUGCUCGACGUGCGGUACUUCUCUGAAGAACCAGGGCUACUACAACCUGAACGGGAAGUUAUACUGUGACAUCCACGCUAAGCUCGUCGCUCGCAACAACCCACCAGCGCCCAAUCUGGAACCUGUUACCGUUCCACCUGGUAGCCGAAUCCCUUCCAACACUUACUCGACGCCGCUGCCACCUUUGGCUACCAGCAACUACACAAACGGAUCAUCAUCACUUUUUAGCCCUUCAAGCAACUUGUCGGGCCCGAAACCUUUCGGAUCAUCCAUUGGAUCUGCUUACUCGCCAUCUUUGUCGCCUCGCUCCGCCCCGAUGUCGCCAGCGAGGCCAGUAACAGCGCCUGCGCUCGCGCCAGCGCCCCUAGCGGCUCCUAUCUCUGCGCCUCAACCAGCCGCACCAUUCGCGCCCACACAAAACGUUAAAAGCAUUGUGUGGCCCCCUCCAGCAAAUCCUUCUGAUGAUGAACCACCAAAGUAUGAACCAAGUAUAAAACCCGGAGCCCCAGCGUGUGCCAAAGAACAGGGGACUCGGGUGUUAAACAAAAUAAACCCUAACUCGGAUUCAACUAUUGCUGAUGUUCAACAACAAUCUAUGGAAAAAUUCAUAGCGUCUUCGAAACAAAGAGAAGAAUUCACUUCUUCCAGUGUUUCAUAUGCCUCUGCUGCUAUGUCUUCUAUGACAGCAACAUCUAAAUCUGAAUCCGUAGUUCAGAGUAAACAAUCACAAGUCGUUCAAGAAUCAACUAGUCGAACAAUUCAGUCUUUUUCACAGGAAUCUUCUGAAUGCCAGAGUACAACUGUUUAUCAGACACAAACGUGUCCACCUAAAUCAUUUGAGAAUUCCAGCGAUGCUAUUGAAAAUAUUAAAACACAAAUGAUCCAAUCAAAAGAAAAUAUCCAAUCAAGAACAGCUAAAGAAGUAGAAUCCACCAACAUAACAGAACCUCCAAACGAUCAAGUUAAGGCACAACAACCACAAAAGACAGAUACGAAAAUCGAAAGUGAUAACGGAAGCGCUAUACAAGUAUCUGCACAAAUUAAUACUAAAGAAAAUAAUCAAGUUUGUAAUGAGGCAUUGAUGCAAAAGAAUAACGAAGAGAUUGUGGUAAACCAACAAACUGCAACAUUUGACACACAAUCGAAAACCAGUAUAGAAAAAACACAAACAGAACCACCAAUUGCAAAUGCUCACAUGGCAGCCACGGAAAAUAUACAAAAAACCAUGAAUCCUUCUGGUUUAGAUCCAAACGCAAAGAGCUCUAUGGUGGAUGCAUUAACAACUGCACCUGACCGUCCGUAUUCACCCUUGCCUACAGCACAACAGCCUAUUAAUUUAACUGGUCAAACAAUGGCGGAGGAAAAGCCUACUCAAUAUGAUUCAGAGGAGAAAUCAGAAUUAAAAGAGUGUGCCGAGAUAAAAGACGUGCAGUUGCCGGCACAACCAUCCCCAAUGUUUUCGCAAGAAAAGCGUGGUAUAACACCAAUACCACCUAUAAAAACUUACAAUCCUCCUGAAAAAGUGGCCCCACCGGUACCAAUGCCUGAGGAAACAAAGCCGUACAUACCACCCGAUUUUAAAAUAGUUAUAGAACCUAAGGAACCUCGCGAAACAACCUCUACGCCCUUAAUAGAAGCUUUGACUAUUGCACCUGACAGACCAUUUACACCCGUCGCUACAUAUGAUCAAAAUCAAGCGAUAAGUAGAGAAUCAUACGAUCAAAAUCAAACAAUGAGUAAUGGACCAUACGAUCAAACUCAAUCAAUUGGCAGAGGAUCUCUUAGAGAGGCAUUAACUAUCGCUCCAGAUAGACCUUACAGUCCUUUUGGUACUCCCGGUGUUACUCAAUCGAACCAAUAUAUGACAAGCACUACACAUGUAACUGAAACAAAUUUAUCUGAAAUUGUUAAGCCUAUCGCCACACAAACACUAACCCAAACCUCUGACCAGUUGCAUUCUGAAUUUUCCACCAUGCAGAAUACUUGUAAAUUACAAUCGUCUUCAGAAAUGUCUGCAUUCAGACCAGUCCCAAAACAAGUAUUUCCUCCACCACAGCCUGAAGAAUUUUGUAAAUUAACAAACUUUCCGCCCAUUAGUAAUGAACUAAAAACCAGUUUUACACAGGCUACUAAAACAAAGCAGGAAACAACAUUUUCGGAAUCAAUGGUGGUCCAGCAGUCGUCUUUGUCGACUAGUAUGGCCACUCAAGGUUAUUCAACCGUCAAAACAGCUCAAAAUUAUUUUGAACAACUAGAUAAAAAGGAAUCUCUUACUUCAACCGCAGUAAGAUCAAAAUCUGGAUUACAUAAACCGGAUAGUAUUCCACCAUAUCAGAAAAAUUUCGAGCAAUUACUGUCUCAGCGAGGAAUUUCUCCGGAUAUUUAUAAUGCACCGGCAGUUUUACAAAGACCCGUCACUCCUUCAACCGGUACCCCAACUAGACCAAAAGAAAAAUCCGUCGAACCACAUCCAACUUACUCGACUCCUCAAACAUCGACUCCAAAGUUCCAACAAGUUAGAACACCAGUACAACAGCCUCCUGUACAAUUUCAUAAAGAUACUCCUAUUACUAUGACAUUUCAGCCAGUAACUGAUGAUAACUUUAUGAGAGUUCCAUCACCAUCACGUAGUAGUCGUCCUGUUACGCCAAAUAGUUUAAUAAACAAACCAGCGCCCAUUAUUCCUCAUUACCAGAUGAAUUUGGUUACAGUAGAGCAUUUGGCACCCGAAAGCCACCUAUUCGAGCCAUCUAGUCGAGAAGGCAGCAGAUCCCCUACACCAAAACCACGAUCCCGCUCACCAGCACAAGGUCCUCCUCCAAACCCACUAAAAGCACAUGCUCCACGUAUUAAGGAAUCCGCUCCACAAAAUUAUUCAAUGGACUCGUUCAGCUCACAAGAUCCUUCAAACUGGCGAAAGCAGCACGAAAGAGACCAAAAAGAAUUCCAAACGGCAGCGGAGAUAUAUAAUACAGGUGGUGGCAAUAAAAAUUGGGCAUCGCAACCUCCAAUUGUUAAAGAACAGCGACAUUCAAACGUGGGAUAUAAGAGUGAAAAUUAUACCAAAGGCGACAUGAAAAUCAAAGAAGAUUCUUUAAUACAAGAAAAUUAUGGCCAAAGACAAAUGCAAUCACAAAAUGUUAUUGCACAGGGUAAUACCACUGUUCAAACAACCAGAAAAACAUUUGAAGAAUAUGAAAGGACGCAGUCUGCUAAAGUUGUAGAAAUUAGAAAGGGAGGUUCAUCAAUUGCUGGGGCAUAUGAGCAAAAUAUGGACUGUAACAUUCGUCCUUCUAAUCUUAACCCAAAGCAAGUUUUUCCGCCUCCAAUGAUGAGUUUGCCAUCAACACAACAAAGUUCAUCACUUAACCUUACUAAUCAAAAUAUGACGUCCGCUAGUAGAACAAUAGACAAUUACGACCCAAAGCCUUCGAUUUCUGGUGCUAACCAAGGUCCAGUGUGUGAUCCUACCCCAUCGACAGGUUCGAGUGUAGGAGCUGCCGCUCGAGGCAAAACUUUCGGUGUAUCUUCUGCCCCUAAAAGAGGAAGGGGAGUUUUGAAUAAGGCUGCGCUGCCCGGCUCCCGCGUGCCACUAUGUGCUUCCUGUAAUGGGAAUAUUAGGGGGCCAUUCAUUACGGCUUUGGGUCGCAUCUGGUGUCCAGAGCACUUCAUUUGCGUAAAUGCAACGUGUAGGCGUCCCCUACAGGACAUUGGCUUCGUCGAAGAAAAUGGUCAACUUUACUGCGAAUUCUGCUUCGAGCAGUACAUUGCGCCUGCUUGCGAUAAAUGCCACGCCAAAAUUAAGGGCGAUUGCUUAAAUGCUAUCGGCAAGCACUACCACCCUGAAUGUUUCAACUGCGUCUACUGUGGAAAGCUCUUCGGAAACAAUCCCUUCUUCUUAGAGGAUGGUCUUCCGUAUUGUGAAGCUGAUUGGAAUGACCUGUUCACGACAAAAUGUUUCGCUUGCGGCUUCCCGGUGGAGGCAGGCGACAGGUGUGCAAAAAGAACCUCGAAGGACAGAGUUUCUUCGCCAAGGGAGGUCGACCUUUCUGUAAGACACACGCCCGCUAGAAGUCCUCAGCAAAUGAUGUAUAAUUCUGACACUGUUUACACGACUACCACUUUUCGUCCCGUUUCUCCUUCUCCUAUCACUCCUCCUCUAAACACGCCUUCGCCGCAAAGAACAAGGAAGUUGGAAACACCCCUCCACUUCGAUGGAGGACUGUUUUCCGACAUAAGAAGUACAGACGGCAAGCUACUUAGCAAAGUAACCGUAGAUCGAGUUCAACAGUCGUCACGACAUGACAUCACCGACUCGCCGAGUGUUUUCACCGAUGGCAAAAAUUAUGUUGAUGACAUAGUUAAAACAGAAACUAUAACAAAUGAAAAUGUCAUCACGGUGAAAUUUACUCCCGUGCCGCCAGAACUUGACUCUCCGCGAUUGCUGACGCCGUCUCAAAUGUACAAAACCCGGCAAAAAACUCCAGUUGAAUAUAUCAAGGACAACUUCGAAGAUUUACAGAGCUACAAAAUUGUUAGUUCUGUUGUAAAAGAAAAAUUACUUGAAAAGGAAAAUUUGACGCCAGUAUUAAAUGAAGGUGGAAUCUUUGAAAACCAUGACACUUUUGCAAAUACGACUUGUAAAGAAAAUGUAUAUGAAAAAGAUAGUUUCAUAUCAGACUCAAAUGUUAAGGAGAAACUUUCAACCAGCUUAGAUACUUUUGAGCCAAUAAAGAGAGCUCCAAGUCCACUCGCAAAUCUUUUUAUUUCAGAACAAUUAACCAAAAUAGACAGUUACCUACAAGAGAGUUUAGAGGUGUGUACUGGAGUUAAAGAUCGGUAUACUCCAAUACCUAUUAUAAUCGAAGGAGAAAAAUCGGGAUUGGUUGACGACGCAGAAAUGGCUUCUUGUGUUAAAGAAACUUAUGAUCAAAAAGAAGUAAACUUCUCUACAACCGAAAUUAAACCAAGCUCUAAUAAUAAAAGGGAAGAUGAACCUCUUCAUCGUCGUGAGAAAACAACACCAGAACCCUAUUCUGUGGAGUACAGCAAAACCAAUGUGUCCAAACUAAACAGUGCAAAACAAGCUGUCUUUGAUUACUUUUGGCUGCGAUAG